UACUUCAAUUUUGUCAAAACCCUCGUGGGAAGAGGAAGCCGCGCGCCAAACUCGCUUUUGCUUGGGCUGAGAACUUCACAUUCUCUCCUUCCGUGUGUCUAUAAUUGUGGAGUGAUCAAGUUGAAGUUGAAGUUGAAGUAGCAGCUCUAGCAUUGGUUAUUCUGCAUUUGAGAUUUUAAGAAAUUGAACAUUCUAUGGGUCCUCGGCAAUGUCAGGUCUGCAAUGAAGCACCAUCCAAAUAUAAAUGCCCCCUAUGCCUUGUUCCUUACUGCUCUCUGGUUUGUUUCAAGAAACACAAAGAAGUGCCCUGUGUUAAGCCUGUGUCUGCAGAGGACCAAUCAAUUGCUCCUAAUGGAUCACCUGUAGAUAGGCCAGUAUUUGUUGGAGACCAGAAUGAAGUACUAGAAAAGGCGCAGCUAGAGGCUAUUGCUUCUUCCUCAGAAGUACGCAAUACUUUGAAUGAUGAAAAACUCCGUAGCCUCAUCUGUGCCAUUGAUAGCUCACCAGAUCCAGAAAUUGAGCUUGAUAAAGCUAUGGAAGAUGAAGCAUUUCGCAUACUAAGCAGCAAGAUAUCAUCGAUCAUCGGCUCCUAGCCCUGGUGGUCACAGAUGGAGGGGAAAAAAGUUGUCCAAGAUAUAUAUAUAUGUAUGAUCAAUGGGACAUUUCUGCCUCAUUGCCUUAGGUGCUCGGCUCCGAAGAUGCUGAAAUCAAGGACAAGGAUGCAACGGUUAACAGAAUGAAGUAUGCUGGGAUUGACCAUCCAAGAGCGUAGCUAUGAUAUGUUUGAUGGUGAUAAAUGUUCUAAGUUCAGCAAUGAUAUAUAAUUGUCUUUUUUUCUUUUUUGCUCUCCCUGCAGACUCCUUUUAAUGAUCUACCAGUGGAAAAACUCUACACGGGAAAAUGCCACUUUGAGAGGAUCAACCAAAGCUGUUUGUUUAAUGCUUUCUGGACUUAUUAGUUUGUAGAAAGACAUGUUUUUGACAAAAGGAUAGCAAUGUUUUUUUCCU